AUGCGCCCCACAGCGAGGCUCUGCCUCUCUUCCAUCUUAACCCCGCUACGCAAUCCCACCACCACUAAGACCAUCCCAAUAACGACAGCAGCGUCCGUGACACGCGCGUUCCACACCACUCCCAUAACCACCGCCAAAGUCGUCCCUGUCUAUGGCACUGGCCCACCUCCACGUGCCCCCGAACCGAGUGCCGAGUUUGUUGCGGAGGAGCGUGCCGAGCGCGAGGAGAGACUGGCUAGGCGCCGUCGUCAGGCUGAGUUGUUGAGGCACGCGGGGGGUAUUCAGGGGUUGAGGAGCGAUGCGCACGCACAUGCACAGACACAGACACAUGGACAGGGACAGACACAGGGACAGCAUGGGAAGAAAAGUACUGGGUUGAAGAGGAGGUUUUGGAAGGAUGUUUCUGUGAAGGAGGUGGACGGCUCCCUCGAAAUCCACCUCGACUCCCGCCCCCUCCGUCACCCAACCACCAAAGCCAUCAUCCGACUCCCCCUCACCAAACCCCAUCUCGCCCACGCCCUAGCCCUCGAAUGGGACAGUCUAACCUCCGCCCAACAAGCCACCAAACAACACCUGAUCCCCCUAACCAGCCUGAUCUGCCGCGCCCUCGACAUCGCCAACUCCCCGACCCCCGAAGCCACCCGCACCGAAAUCACCACCACCCUCCUCCGCUACCUCGACACCGACUCCCUCCUCUGCUUCGCCCCCGUCGACCCCGACCACGACCCAUCCUCAUCCUCGCCACACCUGCGCGAACUUCAGGAACAAGCCUACGCCUCCACAACCCGCUACCUAACCGCCCACGCCUGGCCAGGCAUCUCCAUCAUCCCCGUCCUCGACGGCACCGCCCUCCUGCCGGUACCUCAAUACCCCGGCACCCGCGAAGUCAUCCAAGCCUGGGUCAUGGGGCUAUCGCCUUUUGAGCUGGCCGGGUUGGAACGCGCCACGCUGGCUGGUAAGAGUCUGUUGGUUGCUGCGAGGCUGAUUGUAGAGUGGAGUGAGGAAGGCGCCGGGAAGAGCAAGGCUGCUUCUACUGGAUCUCAGAAUCAAGAGAAGGGUGAGGGUAACGGGGGCAAGUUUGGUGUGGAGGAGGCUUCCCGGGCCGUCAGUCUUGAGGUAGACUGGCAGACGGGGCGGUGGGGCGAGGUGGAAGACACGCAUGAUGUGCAGAAGGAGGACGUGAGGCGUCAGUUUGGGAGCACGGUGUUGCUUGUUUCGGGGCAGGGGACCAAGACGGAGAGCGGCUAG